AUGCGUGCGCAAAAGGCUGAUCAAUUGUUGGAAGAUUUUAACGCUGCUCAGUUAAAGAUUGCCGCUACGGAGACUGAUAUUGAUUUUGAUGAACAUGACAGUGAGUCUGAACAAUUUGAAAAUAAAUUCUGCCGCAUAACAUCUGAAGCGAGCAAAUUUUUAAUUGACCAGAUGCAGCCGCAGGUUUUAACUCCAAACGUGGAAACUAAUUUAGCAUCCAAUUCUAAUGAUGAUUUAGCCAACAUUAGACUGCCUCCAAUAAACCUUCCAACGUUUGACGGUUCAUAUGACCAAUGGUUGUUUUUUAGAGACACUUUUAAUUCUUUAAUACAUAGCAAUUUCAAACUGACACCAGCCAAAAAAUUUCAUUACUUGCGCCUCUCUCUAAAGGGUGUGGCAGCUGAAACUAUCUCAUCACUUGAAAUCUCUGACGCCAAUUAUGAUGUAGCCUGGAACAUCUUAAAUGAGAGAUUCGAAAACAAACAGAUUUUAGUCAGCAACCAUAUAACGGCUAUUUUUAAUUUGCCAUCUUUAUCACGUGAAUCUGGACGUGGCCUUAGAGUCAUACUUGACGGCUUACAGAAGCACAUGGGCGCCUUGACGGUUUUAAAGAUGCCUACAGAACAUUGGGAUGCCUUAAUCUGUCAUAUUGUGACAGGUAAAUUUGACAAUAUGACUAGAAGAGCUUGGGAUUCCAAAACCUUUAUUGAAGAACUCCCUACUUACAAGGAACUUAUAGAUUUUUUAAAAGACAGAUGCCGAAUUUUAGAGUCUUUCGAAAAUAGCUCUUUAAGAAACGCUUCAAACAAAAUCGAAAGGCCUCGCCAAUCACACCCCAACUUUCACAAAAAUACUUCUCAAUCCUUUGUCGCCACUAACAGUAAUAAAAAAUGCACGUUUUGUCAAAAAGAACAUCUCAUCUACACAUGUCCUCAGUUUUUACAAAUUUCUGCUAUUGAAAAAUUAAAUAAUGCUAAACAAAUGAAGUUAUGUAUUAACUGCCUUUCUAUAGGCCAUGCAACUAAAAACUGUAGGUCGUCUGGAUGUAGAAAAUGUGGAAAAUUCCACCAUACCCUUCUACAUUUCAACAGAACCGAUUCUGGGACUGUACAAACCAAUAAUAAUAACACAUCUACCUCUUCUUAUUCCAACAGCACUGAGACUGACUUGAAAGACGUAGCCACAACCUCUUUGUCUACACAUGUGAUGCACACUCCUCUUAUAUACUCACCUUGUAGUUUAGUGGUAAAUGAAAAACUUAAUUUAAACACUGUAUUAUUAUCCACUGCUAUCAUCAAAGUUUUUGACACUACAGAUAAGUCACACUUGUGUAGAGUACUCCUAGACAGUGGAAGCCAAUCCAAUUUCAUUUCAGAAAGACUUUGCAACUUGUUACAACUUCCUAUUGAAAAUAUUAAACAUUCUAUCACUGGUAUCAGUCAGAAAAUUGAAACCAUAAAUUCUAGAGUUUUUGCUAAAGUCCAAUCCAAUUUUUCUAACUUUGAGGCGAACAUAUCGUGUCUUGUACUUAAAUCUAUAACUGGAAAUAUUCCAGCUAUAUCCUUUGACUCCAGUUUAUUGCAUAUUCCCAAAAAUAUUGCAUUGGCUGACCCCGAUUUCAGCUCUGCAAAACCUAUUGACUUACUGCUCGGAGCAGACAUUUUCUGGGAACUGAUCCAUAUUGGUCAAAUAAAAUUGGGUCGAGGACUUCCAAUUUUGCAAAAGACACAUUUUGGAUGGAUUAUUUCUGGUCCUUUACAAACUAAUCUUAGUUCAAGCCUUUGCUCAGAGACACAGUGCUUUUUUACAACUUCAAUUGACAAUCAGCUAACUAAAUUUUGGGAGGUAGAGGAAUUUCCUAAAACUAAAUACUUAUCACCAGAGGAAACCUUUUGCGAGGAACAUUUCUCUCAGCACACUUCUAGAGCCCCUGAUGGUAAAUUUGUAGUACAUCUUCCUCUUAAGGACUCCAUUGAUCGUCUUGGGGACUCGAAGUUGACAGCUACAAGUCGUUUUUUAAAUCUUGAAGGGAAACUGAAUAAAAGCCCUGAUUUAAAACGUACUUAUCAAGAUUUUAUAACAGAAUAUGAAAAACUCGGUCACAUGACCCUGUCUGAGAAUCAAAAUGAUACAUCUGGGUAUUUUUUACCGCACCACUGUGUGCUUAAAUUAAGCUCCACUACAACUAAACUACGGGUCGUUUUCGAUGCUUCCUGUAAAUCUGACUCAGGUUUUUCUUUAAAGAAUUUACUUAUGGUCGGACCUAAUGUCCAAAACAGUCUUUUCUUAAUUCUCUUACGGUAUCGUAUACAUCCUGUAGUUCUCAGUGGUGACAUUGAAAAAAUGUAUCGACAGGUCUAUGUAGCCCCUGAAUAUCGUAAACUUCAGAGAAUUCUUUGGCGUGCUAAUAUUAAUGAGCCGAUUUUAACUUACGAUUUGUCCACCGUUACAUACGGUACAGCCUCUGCUGCAUUUCUGGCUACUAGAUCUUUGCAGGAAGUAGGUAAAAUACAUGCUAAAGACUGUCCAAAGAUUUCUAACAUAAUACAGCGUGAUUUUUACGUUGAUAACCUUUUAACCGGCGCACAAACAGUCGAUGAACUUAGACAAAUUAAAGAAGACAUCCAUGAUCUUCUUAUGAAGUAUGGAUUUCCACUUAGAAAAUGGGCUUCAAAUGAGCCGACCUUAACUUCUGAUUCCUCAAUACAUUCGAUUUCUUUUGAUACAGAUAUUCCUUCUAAAACCUUGGGCCUUGUAUGGAAUCACAUUUCUGACACGCUAGAAUAUAAAAUAGGUCCUAUUGAAUCUAGCACUCGCGUAACAAAACGUACAAUUUUAUCAUCAAUUUCCCAGAUUUUUGACCCUCUUGGUCUACUUUCUCCUGUCACAAUCUCGGCACAAAUCAUCUUGCAACAGCUGUGGAAGCUUAAAAUAUCAUGGGAUGAAUCGAUUCCAAUGGAUCUUUUCACAAUCUGGUCAUCUUACAGGACACAACUUGUGGAAUUGAAUAAUCUUAAAAUACCAAGACUAACUCUUUGCGGUAAUCCUAUUGAGCUGCAAUUACAUGGCUUCUCUGAUGCUGCGGAGCCAGGUUAUGGUGCCUGCGUGUACCUUUGUUCAAAGGAUUCGUUAGGCAAUUUUUCGUCUAAACUACUCUGUGCAAAAACUAGAGUCUCUCCACUUAAAGAAUUGACUAUUCCUAGGCUCGAGCUUUGUGCAGCAUUACUCUUAGCAGAACUAGCUAAAACUGUGUUAGCUUCAAUACCCUCUACUUUGGACUCUAAGCACUACUGGUGUGACUCUACAAUAGUACUUGCCUGGAUUAGAUCAUCUCCUCAUCGUCUAAAGACAUUUAUUGCUAAUCGAAUAGCUCAAAUUCAAUCCAUAACUAAUAUUGAUGAAUGGAGAUAUAUUAGAACCGCAGACAAUCCAGCUGAUCUACUUACUAGAGGAAUUCCACCUUUAAGCUUGUUAAAUUCGACUUUAUGGUUUCAUGGACCUCCUUGGCUGACUGAAGAUGAGUGGCCAACCAACAUAGUAGAUUUAUCAAAUAUUGAUACUCCUGAAUUACGAAAUGUCACUUCUUUUCAUGUGUCCAUCGAAAAACAUACCAAUAAUGACUUACUUACUUUAAUUGACAAAUUUUCUAAUCUAACUAAACUGGUUCGUACUUUUGCCUUUGUGCUACGCUUUAAAAACAUCCUUAAAUUAAAAUCUAAAUCUGACUUUUUUAAUAGAGAGCUUUCAACUCUGGAAAUUGAGAAUUCUUUGCAUACACUUGUCAGCUUGGUACAAGCUUCAACAUUUUCUGAAGAAUUUAAAGCACUGAAGAAUAAUAAUAAGGUCUCUAAUAAAUCCAAACUCCUUACCUUGAAUCCCUUCUUUAACCACACUCUUAAUCUUAUUCGAGUUGGGGGUCGUUUGCAACAAUCUGAUUAUGAAUAUCAAAAGAAACACCCUAUAGUUUUACCCCCUAAACAUAGACUUUCACUUUUGAUCGCACAUUCUGAACAUAUUAAGCUACUUUAUGCUGGUCCACAACUUACAUUGGCAUCACUUCGUGAAAGCUUCUGGCCAAUCAAUGGCAGGAACUUAAUUAAAAAGGUUUACCAUGACUGUUUAACUUGUUUUCGCUUUGUUGCAAAAUCGACAAAACCCUUUUCUGUGUCCGGUGUGGACUACGCAGGGCCCUUCUCCCUUAGGGAUCGCAAAGGACGUAAUUUUAGAACUAACAAGGCAUACAUAGCAUUGUUUGUGUGUUUUGCUACCAAGGCUAUUCACCUAGAGCUAGUAAGUGAUCUUACUAGCGAAUGUUUCUUAGCCGCUUUGUACAGAUUCAUGUCACGAAGAGGCAAGUGCAUACAAAUUUAUUCUGAUCAAGGGACAACAUUUGUGGGUGCAUUAAAUGAAUUAAAUGCGUUUCUCAAAGAACACUCUUCUACUAUUUCGGAUAAAUUAGCAAAUCAAGGUAUACAAUGGAAUUUUAUACCGCCUCGCGCUCCACACUUUGGUGGGCUUUGGGAGUCCAGCGUUAAAUCGGUAAAGUUUCAUCUUAAGCGUGUAGUUGGUAGUUUAUCAUUAACUUUUGAAGAUUUUUCUACAAUAAUUACUCAAAUAGAAGCCUGUUUAAACUCCAGACCCUUAUGUCCUCUUUCUGAUAAUCCGAAUGAUCCAAAUCCUCUCACUCCUGCGCACUUUCUUAUUGGAGAACCAUUGACGACGUGCCCACAAGUUGAUCUACUGGGAGUAGCAGAGAACAGACUAUCAAAAUACCAACAUAGGCAACAAAUGGUGCAACAUUUUUGGUCUCGUUGGGUCAAGGAAUGCAUUGCAGAACUCCAGAUACGUACGAAAUGGAAGCAGAAUUACCCGCAGCUCCUGAAACUAGGCGUUCUUGUGCUCAUCACGGAGGAUGGAUUACCACCAUUAAAAUGGCGAACUGGCCGAGUGGUACAAAUAUUUCCUGGAGGAGAUGGUAUUGUCCGAACAGUAUUAGUGAGGACUGCUGCUGGCGAGUAUAAGCGUCCAGUUACGAAGAUUGCUGUCCUGCCUAUUUAUGAUUUUUAA